UAGGGCCCWUUAGAAUCAACAUGGCGUCCAACUCGGUUUUAUUCGUUUGUUUGGGUAACAUCUGCAGGUCACCCAUUGCUGAAGCUGUCUUUAGGAAGAUGGCAGCAGAUGCUGGCGUUGUCGAUAAGUGGAGGAUAGACAGUGCCGCUACCUCCACCUAUGAGAUAGGAAAUCCUCCAGACUACCGUGGUCAAGCCUGCAUGAAGAGGCAUAAUGUGCCCAUGAGGCACGUGGCCAGGCAGGUAACCAAAGAUGAUUUCAUGAGCUUUGACUAUAUUCUUUGCAUGGAUGAGAGCAAUUUGAGUGACUUGAAAAGGAAGGCAAAUGCUGUGAAAAACCGAAAAGCAAAAAUUGAGCUUCUUGGUUCCUAUGACCCUCAGAAGCAGCUGAUCAUCAACGACCCUUAUUACGGAAGUGACCAAGACUUCGAAAAGGUGUACGAACAGUGUCUCCGCUGCUGCAAAGCUUUUCUAGAGAUGAAUUCCUAACAAGUUCCUAUCAUGAAGCACCUUUCCUCAAUCUGAUUGGGAAUUAUCAGCCUAAUGUGAUUUGGUUGUGACACGCACGCACACACACUUUAGUUCAUUUAAUGAGCUUGUGAAUUCUUGGUUUUGGGGUUGUAAAUGUUAUACAACGACAUUCAGAGUGCGGUAUCUGCAUGAAUGUAGACUAAAAACCUGGAAAAUUAAUAAAUUAAAGUAAAUUUUAAAAUG